GCGCAACAUGACAAAGAAGAUCGCCACUUGAACCUUCAUCAAAGAGACACUGUAAUGCUUGAUGCAGCUAUGGCAGUUGAAUAUCUACAUCAUGGUCAUGUCACUCCAAUAGUUCAUUGCGACUUAAAGCCAGCAAACGUACUUUUGGAUGAAGAUAUGGUGGCUCAUGUUGGUGAUUUUGGAAUCUCUAAAGUUUUAUCCAUAAGCAAGUCCAUGGCUUAUACAGAGACAUUGGGCACUCUUGGAUACAUUGCACCAGAAUAUGGCUCGGAGGGAAUAGUGUCUGCUAGUGGUGAUGUUUAUAGCUACGGCAUCAUGUUGAUGGAAAUCUUGACCAAAAGACGGCCAACAGAUGAAGAGAUAUUCAAUGAAAAUCUUGACCUGAGGAAAUGGAUAAUACAAUCAUUUUCAGGGAGUAUGAUGGACGUUGUGGAUGUCAAUCUUUUUUCUGAGGAUGAACAAAUCACCAGUAAAAGUGAAAUCUGCAUAGCGUCGAUGAUAGAAUUGGGUUUAGACUGCACAAAGGAAAGGGCAGAAUCAAAAGUGACCAUGAAAGAAGUAGUGAAGAGGCUUAACAAAAUCAAGAACACGUUUCUGGAAACAUAGAAGUCAUGGUGUUCUUUUCUAAGCUGCAAAUUAAUAUGAUGCUUUUUGUUUAUUUUUUAAUAAAGUUGUCGUAUUAGUACUUGAAGUCUUUGAGUGUUUUGGACCUAUUUUACUCUAUCUAUUUGUGAUUAUGUUGAAUGCUUGAAAGAAACCAGAAAUAAAG